GGCGCCAGGACGCCCGAUUCCGGAAGGGGCUGAGUAGCUGUGGCGGCGAUUUCCGUCCUGUUGGUUAGUGUUUCUUCCUUGCCGGAGCGACUGGGUAGACCGCGGCGUCAUGGUCGAGGAGGUACAGAAACAUUCUGUGCACACACUUGUGUUCAGGUCAUUGAAGAGAACCCAUGACAUGUUUGUGGCUGAUAAUGGAAAACCUGUGCCUUUGGAUGAAGAGAGUCACAAACGAAAAAUGGCAAUCAAGCUGCGUAAUGAGUAUGGUCCUGUGUUGCAUAUGCCUACUUCAAAAGAAAAUCUUAAAGAGAAAGGCCCUCAGAAUGCAUCAGAUUCAUAUGGACACAAACAAUAUCCUGCCAAUCAAGGACAAGAAGUUGAAUAUUUGGUGACAGGUACACAUCCGUAUCCACCAGGACCUGGGGUUGCUUUGACAGCGGACACUAAGAUCCAAAGAAUGCCAAGUGAAUCAGCUGCACAGUCCUUAGCUGUGGCAUUACCUACUUCUCAAGCCAGGGUCGAUGCAAACCGUAGUGCACCUGCUGGAGGUGAAUACCGACACCCUGGGGCUUCUGACCGGUCACAGCCUGCAGGGGCGGUUGUCAUGGACAGUGGCAAUGCCAAGAACUCCGCACUGAUGGCUAAAAAAGCCCCUACAAUGCCGAAACCUCAGUGGCACCCACCGUGGAAACUCUACAGAGUGAUCAGUGGUCAUCUUGGCUGGGUUCGAUGUAUUGCUGUGGAACCUGGAAACCAGUGGUUUGUUACUGGAUCUGCUGACAGAACUAUAAAGAUCUGGGACUUGGCUAGUGGCAAGUUAAAACUGUCAUUAACUGGGCACAUCAGUACAGUGCGUGGUGUGAUAGUGAGCACGAGGAGCCCGUACCUGUUCUCCUGUGGAGAAGACAAACAAGUCAAAUGCUGGGAUCUUGAGUAUAAUAAGGUUAUAAGGCACUAUCAUGGACAUCUGAGUGCAGUGUAUGGUUUAGAUCUGCACCCAACAAUUGAUGUGCUGGUGACCUGUAGCCGAGACUCAACUGCACGGAUUUGGGAUGUGAGAACUAAAGCCAGUGUACACACGUUAUCUGGACAUACUAAUGCGGUGGCUACAGUGAGGUGUCAAGCUGCAGAACCACAAAUUAUUACUGGAAGCCAUGACACUACAAUACGAUUAUGGGAUUUGGUGGCUGGAAAAACAAGAGUCACAUUAACAAAUCACAAAAAAUCAGUCAGGGCUGUGGUUUUACAUCCAAGACAUUACACAUUUGCGUCUGGUUCUCCAGAUAACAUAAAACAGUGGAAAUUCCCUGAUGGAAGUUUCAUUCAAAAUCUUUCUGGUCACAAUGCUAUUAUUAAUACACUGACAGUAAAUUCUGAUGGAGUGCUUGUAUCUGGAGCUGACAAUGGCACUAUGCAUCUUUGGGACUGGAGAACUGGCUACAAUUUCCAGAGAGUUCAUGCAGCAGUGCAGCCUGGGUCUUUGGACAGUGAGUCAGGAAUAUUUGCUUGUGCUUUUGAUCAGUCUGAAAGUCGGUUAUUAACAGCGGAAGCUGAUAAAACCAUUAAAGUGUACAGAGAGGAUGAUACAGCGACAGAAGAAACUCAUCCAGUCAGCUGGAAGCCAGAAAUUAUCAAGAGAAAGAGAUUUUAAUGUGGCUUUGUCUUCAUGGUGGUUCCAGUUUUGUUUUUUGUUUCUUUUUUAGCUUGGUGUUGAUGAGAAUAUCCAGUCAUUUGUGCUCUGGCUAGGAAUAUAAAGCAAAAACUCACAUGCUUGAAUCAUUGCUUUUUCAUAUUUUACAAUGAACUGUCCUUUCCCCAUGUUUUUAUUUAUAAAAUAAACAGUUUGAGAUCCUAGGAGGUAAGAUGCAGAUAUCAAGCAUAUGUGGGUUUGUUGAACAUUACUAUCCUAAAGAUAGAAUGAUUUAUCACUUUUAUUAAAACACACUUUUUUUUUUUAACUUACAGAACUGCUUACUGUAGUAGGACAUGUUUUGAGGGGAGCAGUCUUUCUUUUUAAUCCUUUAAAAACUGGUAUCUGUGACUGAUAAUUUGGGAUUAAAGGAUUUGAAGCA